AUGUCCGACAUCCGCUAUACGGCCGCCACGCAGCUGGAGCAUCUCCAUAGCCGCUACACCGGCACCAUCAACGCCGACACCGAGAAGUACGAGUGGAUCACGCACCAGCACCGUGACACGAGCGCCUCGAUCGUGGGCCACCCGCCGCUGCACUCGUACCUGGCCGUGGCCGACGGUGAGACCAAGGCCAGGGUCAAGUUUGAGCUCACCGAGCGCAUGCUGCAGCCCUGCGGUCCACCCCCGCACAAGAGCGACGACUGA